CCUUUCAUCACUUCACAGUUCACAUCCUUAAUUCCACUCUCUCUCUCUCUCUCUCUCGUCAAAACAAACACCUUUUGGCCCCUUGGGCUCCAAAACAAGCUCCAUUACUCUCUCUCUCUGAACCAAAACAAAGAGCUCUCACAGUCUCACCUCUCCGGCUCACCCUCCUUCCUUUAUUUACAUACUCCGAAGAAAACCAGACACCUUUAGUUGUCUUUACUCUCUCUCUCUCUCUCUCUCUCUCUCUCUCUCUACCAACCAAAGCAAGCAGCUUUAAAUACUCUUCCCUUUUACAGUACCCAACAUUACAACCUAUUUCUUCCCCUCUUCUCUCUCCCUCUCUCAAGCCCGUACAGACUCAUACACCAAUAUGACAGACAGGGUCUUUCCCUCUUCCAAGCCCGCCACCAACGGCACCGCCCCCGCUGCCAACGGAACCUUCCCGGCCACCAAGUCACAAUUAUACGGCACCACACGCCCCGCCUACCGCCCCCAACCCCACCACCGCCGUCGCCACAGCCGUAGCUGCUGGUGCUCCUGCUGCCUCUGGUUCACCCUCACCAUCAUUCUUCUCCUUCUCCUAGUCGCCAUCACUGGCGCCAUAUUCUACGUCGUUUACCGCCCCCAUCGCCCGUCUUUCUCGGUCACCAGCCUCAAACUCUCCUACCUCAACGUCACUUCCUCUUCUACUCUCAACUCCAAGCUCGACCUCAACAUCAACGCAAAGAACCCGAACAAGAAGCUCGUUUUCAUCUAUAACCCCGUCACCAUCUCUAUACUCUCCAACGAUAUCAAUAUUGGCGACGGAACUGUUCCCUCCUUUGUGCAUGGCAAAAAGAACACAACCCUUUUGAAGGCUACUAUAACGAGCAGUGGCAGAGAGCUGGACAGCGAGUCUGUUGCAACUUUGAAGACGGGCAUGAAGAGCAACAAGGGUCUGCCAUUGAAGAUAAAGCUCGAGACAAAAGUGAAGGCCAAGAUGGGAGGAAUCAAGACCCCAAAGAUUGGAAUUAGGGUUUCUUGUGAUGGCAUUAAAGCUACCGUUCCUUCUGGUAAGACGGCGGUGACUGCUUCUACUUCGAACGCCAAGUGUAAGGUUGAUAUCAGAAUUAAGGUCUGGAAAUGGACUUUCUGAGUGACAGUAAACGGAAAAGUGAAAUUAGGUGUGAAUUAAUUUUCUUUUCUUUUUCUUUACUCUUUUUUUUGUUUUUAGUAUAUAUAAUUUUCUAUUAUUCUUUAGUCUUACCUCUUUUUUGUGGUCAAGUAAAUGGUAGAAAAAUUGGUGGGUUGAUUGUAUAAUUGGGAGACAGAAAUAAUUUGUUAUUUUCAAAAAGUCUGUUAA